AUGGAACACAAAAUUUAUCAGUCCUGAUCAUUGACUGCAAUUCACAUUGAAUCAGCCUACCCCAUAACCCAUAUUUGUGAUUCUCAUUGUUAGUAUGUUGGAGCCACAUCCUAAUUUUGACGCUGAAUUGAAAGACCAUUACUGGGCAGCGUCAUUUCUUCUACCGUUUGGCUCGAUUUUUGUCCUCGCUAUCGUGGUUCUACUAAUGGUAUUAUUUAAAAGAUGUCCACACAUAAUAGGCGGAGUUGCUGCAGGGCUACUUGCCACGAUUGUUGUAUUCGUAAUUAUCAUGUCCUUCUAUAAUACACCUAUUUACUCUUAAAAAUGUAAAAAAGGAAAACGUGUUUAC